UAGUAUUCACAUGUCAGGUCGGCCAUCUUGUAUCAAUAAAUAAUAAAUGGCUUUUUGUUUUGUGUUUUGUGAUUGAAUAAAAUAAUUGUUUAAUAUAAAAGAAACAAUAUUUGAAAAACGAAAAUUAUGAUAAAGCAUAAACUGUCAUGUUCAAGACCUCACCAUUAAAAAGGAAAAGGCAAAGUUUGUUAAAUAUGGAAACUUUUGAUAAUGUUUUAUUAAAUGCUUCAGAAUUUAUCAAAGGUCGUCUGUUUUUUGUAUCUGUAAAUACAAAUAUCAAGCCAAAAUCGACUCUAUCAGUGCAUUAUUUCUCGAUAGACAAUGAGCUCUGUUAUGAAAGUUUUUAUUUGGAUUUUGGCCCUCUUAAUUUAGCCAUGCUUUAUCAUUAUUGUGUUAAACUGAGACGGAAACUUAAUAACCCGGCAUUUUUAAAUAAGAAAAUUGUGCACUGUACUGGAUCAGAUGUCCACAAAAGGGUCAAUGCUGCAUAUUUAAUUGGAGCAUAUUCUAUAAUUUAUUUGAAUUAUGAUCCAGAAAAAGCCUAUGAAGUUCUAAAUCAUGAUUCUACAAGGGAUUAUAUGGAAUUCCGUGAUGCUUCUAAAACUGAAGCAUUAUAUACUCUUUCUCUAUUGGAAUGUUUAAGAGCUAUUAAAAAAGCUCUUACUUAUGGCUUCUUCAAUUUUGAAAACUUUGACUUUCUUGAAUAUGAACACUAUGAAAGAGUUGAAAAUGGUGACUUUAACUGGAUUGUACCUAACAAGUUUAUAGCUUUCUGUGGACCUCAGAACAGAUCUAGGAUUUCCAAUUUUGGCUAUCCCGUACAUUCCCCAGAGACAUACUUUGCCUAUUUCAGAAGGCAUAAAGUCCGUACAGUUAUACGUUUAAAUAAGAAGGCCUAUGAUGCAAACAAAUUUAUCCAAGCAGGGUUUGAUCAUAGAGAUUUGUAUUUUGUUGAUGGGGGAAUCCCUAAUGAUAGAAUAUUGCAUCAGUUUUUAUAUGUUUGUGAAAAUUCUAUUGGUGCUAUUGCUGUACAUUGUAAAGCUGGUCUGGGAAGAACUGGGUCUUUAAUUGCUUGCUAUAUUAUGAAACACUGGAAAUUUACUGCAGAAGAGGCAAUUGCCUGGAUCAGAAUAUGUAGGCCUGGAUCAAUUAUUGGACACCAACAAGUUUGGCUGCAAGAGAAACAGAAACAAAUGUGGGAAGCAGGGGAGUUGUAUAGAAAAGUAAAUUAUAUGUCAGAACCAGAAAAAUGUCCAGUCGGCAUAUAUUGCCUCUCGGAGCUGAAAAGAAAAAAGAGCCAGGAUAAUGUAACAGGAAUAGUGAGGAAAGUUGAUUGCAUGGAAAUCAAUGAUCCCACAGACCAUCCGGAAUUUGAGGAAACUAAAGAGACACAAGGAGACAAACUGAAUGAAAUCAAAGCUCAAAGGAGCAGGCUUAAAUUAAACAGACCUGUUCUACCUGACAGAGAGAAAAUGCGUCGUGUCCACGUGACAACAACCACAACAACAACUAACAACCAAACCGUACUAAAAGGCGGAAAAAUGGUCAAUGCAGCCACUAGAAUCACUGGAUCUAGUAGUAGCCGUGUGGUGACCAAAAGAAUCGAGGUGAAAGACACCCCAGUGAGGAAAUUCACCACUACAAGAAAACUGACUGCGCCAAUCAUAUCGACCAAUUUGCAACUAAACGACAAGCGACCCACAAAAAUAAUUAAUAUAAAUCGGUAUAACGGCUUUCUUAAAAACGGUUACUCGUUGAAAAUCGACGACAAACAGAACGUGAAACGUGUGAAGCGGGCCUUAAUUUUAGAGAAGGAUAAGUUGACCAGUCCGAGAUCCGUCAAAGUUUUCCGCCGAUCUGACGUGCUAGCUUUGAGCUUCAAAGAGACCACCGCUUGUGACACAACACCCGCAAAUAACUGUUUAUCUUCGGCGAAGAUAAAUAAGACCAUAUGAGUUUCGGCCCCACAAAAUGAUCAUUAUUAUUCAAUGCCUAGAUUUACACCGAGUAGAAGAGUUGUUACGAUCGGAAAUAGAAGAACCGUUUAUUUUGAUCCAGCUGUUUUGAUGAAAGGAAAUAUAGUCCACUAAUAACCACCACCUAAAUGAAACUAGCUGAAAAUGUUGAUUGUAAAUAAAUACAAUUAAGCAGGCAUUGAGCUAUGAGUACUGAUUUAAAAUUGAUAUAGAAUUGUGAUACCAGAGCCUACUUAAUUUUCUUUAUCUAUAACCAUACGGUAUUUCCCAACAUAUCACCGUAUAUUUUACAGUACUGUCAAUUGGUAUUUUUUGAAUAAGAAUGUAUUGUAUUCAGUCUUAUUCUUCGUGUUAUUACCGGACAUGGUAUAUGAGUUGCCUUAUUUUUAUUCUUAAGGCUAUAUUCACAGACUGAAAAUUAUGUUUACUUGAAUCAUAUAGAUAUAUAUUUCUUUAUAUGUUUGUAGAAGUGCAUAAAGCUCGUGGUAUAUUAUUAGUAUUAUUUAUUUUUAUAGUUCUUUAUAUUUUAUUAACAUACGUAUAUAUGAUUGAUAUACACCAGGUGCUUAGAUAUACAUCCUCUCAUAUACUUAUUUGCAACUAUAUUUUAUCUAUUUACCUUGAUGAAAUAAUAUCACAGAUUAGGUAUCCUAUAAGUAUACAGAUAAAAAUCUUGUCCCUAAUUCGUGGUAGGAAAA